ACUUAUUCAUCCACAUACACCUCUCCCACGCCCAUUUCUCUUCUCGUACUGUCAAUUCUUGUCACAGCGGACCCCGAAUCACUGCUUCGAUAGCACCUACCGCAUCCAUCACUUUCGACGAUUACGCGACAUCGGCAAUUCAUCAAUCAUGGGUAACGACGGCGGCUCCAUCCCCAAGCGCCGCGAGCUCGUCAAGAAUGCGGCGCGCGCUCCUACAACAUCCGAACUCAAAGCGACAGCCCUUGAAUCACUCUCUCACGCGUGGGCUCACUGCGCCCUCAGCGGCGAAUUCCUCGAUGUCGAUACUCUUGUCUCUGACUGGCGCGGGCGUCUGUACAAUUACGAAGCGAUCAUUAAAGGCCUUAUGCCCUCCGAUGAACCAGUUGACGUCACCCCCGCGAGCUUGGGUAUCAAGUCACUACGAGAUGUGGCGAAGCUGAAGGUUUCCAAGAACGGCGAUAAGUGGGUGUGCCCCAUCUCCAUGAAGGAGCUUGGCCCUGCUGUCAAGUCUGUGUACUUGGUACCCUGCGGACAUGUCUUUGCCGAUGUCGCUAUGAAGGAGAUCCAAGAAAAGGCAUGCCCAGAGUGCGGCGCCGAAUUUGAGCAAGACAACAUCAUUCCGCUUCUUGCAAACGCUGAAGCGGAUAUCGAGCGAUUGGAGAAGCGAAUCGAGAACCUUAAGGGCCAAGGGCUUACACAUACCCUGAAGAAGGAUAAGUCGGAAAAGAAGAAGAAGCGCAAGGGCGAUGAUGUGGAGAAGGAAGACAAGGCUGCGAAAGAUAAGAUGCCAGACGAUUCCAGGAUCAGUGGUAUCAACAAUGAAUUUGCGGCAUCGUUAACGGCAAGGGUAUUGGCUGAGCAGGAUGAGAGGAAUAAGAGGAGAAGAUUGGUGGCAGAGUCUGCCAGGCGAGAGACUGCUAGAGGUUGAGAAUAAGCGUACAGCACAUAAUGAUACCCAGAAAUAAUGACACCUGCAUCAACAAUGCUGUUUUCUUUGUGA